AUGGUACAAGUAUUUUGUGUAUCAGAUAUUCAUACGGACUUCCCGUCCAAUAUGGAGUAUAUAAAGACACUACCAGUGGUGGCCGAUGGUAUACUCAUUGUUUGUGGUGACAUCUCAGACAACAUCAAUAUAAUGGAAUCAACAUUGAGUAUACUAAGGACAAAGUAUCCUAUUGCUGUAUUCUUCACACCUGGUAACCAUGAGUUAUGGGUUGGAAGAUCUGACAAUUGUCCAGACUCAAUGGGUAAGCUUGAGGCAAUCUACAAUAUGUGUAGACGUAUUGGUGUUUAUGUUGCGCCAACUAGAAUCAAUGAACAUCUUGCAAUCUUUCCAAUGCUUGGAUGGCAUCAUCCAUCAUUCGAUGAAGACUGGGAGUACCUCCAACCUGCAGAGCAACAAGAGAUCUACGAGAACUUGAAGCCUCGUUGGGGAGACUUUAGACAUUGUAAAUGGGACAUACCAAAUACAGAGGUGGCAGGAAGAUUCCUUAAAGUGAAUGAAGCAUUGAUAGAUGGCUUUAGGAGAGAUAAUGCAAGUAACUAUCCAAAGAAUGUAAUCACCUUUACACACUUUGUACCAAGACGUGAGUUGUUACCUCCCAAGAAGGUACUCAUACAUAAGUUCCUGCCAAUGGUUGUUGGAACACUCGAGUUGGACAAACAAUUGCGCAGGGCCGGAUCGACCGUACAUGUGUUUGGUCAUACUCAUAUCGAUUACGAUGUUGUAAUUGACAAUGUAAGAUAUGUACAGAACGCAUUUGCUACACCAAAUGAGCGCGAAGGUUGGAAGAAGGCUACCAUCACUGGUCCAUAUAUGCCCAAGCUCAUAUAUCAUGAC